AGAAUCAGCUAUUCGUAGGACUUCUGCCAGGAUCUGACCAAGAAAAGGGGGAGAAGGCAGAAACCAGCCUUGACUGAAUGGGCUCUGUGGUGGGGGGCAAGUGCUAACUGGAGCUGGCUGGCCAGGGCAGAAGGCAGGGCUUUUGGGAGACUGGAUCAGGUCGACCUGGCAGGGGUUCUUACAUAUGGAGCUGCCAAACUAGCGGAGACUUGAAGACAGAUGCCCCCAAAGAUGUUGGAACCCAGUGAGGCACCAUCCCAUGCGCCCACAGCCAGUGUUCCCAUGGACAGCAAUAUAGUGGCCAUUAUCAUAGCUACCAUUUCUUCUUCUGUGUUCAUUGUGGCUAUUUUGGUGCUGCUGCUGCUUUUGUAUCACCGAGACCCUCUGUGCUGCCAGUUCCUGUGCUCCUGCCGCUUCUUCCAGAACCCCAGCCAAUAUGAUUGUCCUCCUCCGUACUUCAGUAGCAACCAGCGAUUGGUGGGGCUCCAGUCUGGAACUCAGCGUCUGGAGAGCACUGCUGAAAAUUCUGACACUGCACAGGGGGAUGAACUCUUCUGUGUUGGACCCCCCAGCAGCUAUCAGCUGCCUCCGUGGGAACAGCCACGCCUGCCAAGCUACGAGAGCGUGCGGAAGAAAGAUCGGCAGCGGGAGAUCCACCAGAUGAUUGCCGAAAGGUUUGGUUUGUGGGCAGAAGUCUCCCAAGAGUUACCACCACCCUAUGAACAGGCCUUGAGGUAUCCUGCAGCUUCAUCAGGAACCGGAGCAGGUUCAGAGUUGUCAGCCAGACAGAGCUUGCCCGACAUGCUCCAAGCCUCACCUACGUUCCAGCCUCACAGAAACACCUCAGUAUAGGCUGGGUCGGUCCCCUAAACUGCCUCUGGGACAACACCAAGUGUUUGCUAAAUGGGUUUCCGGUCCACAAGGCACUCUGCCAAUCCCUUUUCCCAGUGCAACAGUAGCUGAAAGGAAGCACUCUAGAACAUUCCGGACAA